UAAAAUAAAAAUACGAAUAUAAUAACCAUAAUAAUUCAAAUUAUUAAUUUACCCAAAAAAAAAACGCAAAUCAGAAGAACACAAAACAAUAAACACAAGCCAAAACCGAACACCAUUCUUUUUUUCUCUUUCACGAAAUUUCCUUUGGUUAGGCCUUUUUCCGUCCAGAAAGAUUAAUAAUAAAUAUUACCAUCAGAAAAAAUCAGAAAUAAUUUCUUGCCCAAAUCAAUAAUUCCCGGUAUUUUUUCUGGAAAUUUUUUUUGGGGCAAAGAAAUUAGAAAAGGGAUUUGAAGUUUUUACAGUUUUGGGAUUUUCAUGGCAGAAACGCUGGACCCUUCGCUGGCGGUGACAGCGUUUCUUCUGAAAGAUGCUUCUAAUUGGUGGAAUAAUAUCAAUGAUUCUCUUCUUUGGCAAGAUCGAAUUUUUCAUGUCUUGUCCAUCUUGUAUGGGAUUGUUUCCGUAGUUGCCCUGGUUCAAUUGGUGAGAAUACAGUUGAGAGUUCCUGAGUAUGGAUGGACUACUCAAAAGGUUUUCCAUUUCUUGAAUUUCCUGGUUAAUGGAGUUAGAUGUGUAGUUUUCGUGUUUCGACGAGAUGUGCAGCUCUUGCAGCCUGAGAUAGUCCAACAUGUCUUGCUUGAUUUGCCAAGUCUUGCCUUCUUCACUACCUAUGCACUCUUGGUCUUGUUCUGGGCAGAGAUAUACUACCAGGCGCGUGCAGUAUCUACCGAUGGUCUCAGGCCUAGUUUCUUUACAAUUAACGCAGUGGUCUACAUCAUUCAGAUUGCUUUGUGGUUGAUCUUGUGGUGGAAACCAAUCCCUGUUCUCGUAAUUUUGUCAAAGAUGUUUUUCGCAGGUGUGUCUUUGUUUGCAGCUCUUGGUUUUCUUCUUUAUGGAGGAAGGCUUUUCUUAAUGUUGCAAAGGUUCCCUGUCGAAUCAAAAGGGAGACGUAAGAAGCUUCAGGAGGUUGGCUAUGUAACCACAAUAUGUUUUACAUGUUUCCUCGUAAGAUGUGUCAUGAUGUGCUUCAAUGCUUUUGAUAAAGCCGCUGAUCUUGAUGUUUUAGAUCAUCCAGUUCUUAAUUUCAUGUACUAUCUGUUGGUGGAAAUAGUACCUUCCACUCUGGUUCUUUUUAUAUUGAGGAAGCUCCCACCAAAGCGCGGAAUCACUCAAUAUCAUCAAAUUCGCUGAGGGUUUAAAAGUAUAAAAAGUAAGCCUCAACUCAAACGAUGUACUGAGAUUGACUGUAACAACUCUUAUCCUGGAAAAGGAAGUGCAGGAAUGACAGGAGUGAAUACAUGAAGAGUUUGUCCCGUGUGUGAAGUGUCUUUGCUGAAAGCUUGUAGAUUGUUCAACUAAUCAUCUGAUUAAUGAUUAUGAAAUCACGAGAAUAUAUGAUUUUGAUAAAUCAUGUUCAUUUAUUUGCCUCCUGGAAUCAUAAAUUACGGGUUUCUCAUCAAAAUUUAUCCGACAAACGGAUUAAGUGGUUGGCAAAGAAAUGAAAAUUGGAGGAGAAAACAUAUAUUUUUGGUUUUCUUCCUCCCUGUGUUUGGGGA